UACACACGAGUCGAGUGAAUAGUUUUGUUAAAAAGCGUUUUAAUUUUAGUCAAACCUUUGAUUAUAUAAAUAAUAAUCUGAAAAACUCUAACAAAAUAUUCGGCAAUAUUGUAACAAACCUUGAACCUAUCAAAUCAAAAUUAAGGCAAACUUUAUUUGAAUUCAUAUACUCAACCGAUAUAUCCAAUGAAUGUUUGCGAGCUUUAUAUAAAUGGACGGAAGGACUCAAAAGUGGGAAAUUAUGGGCCCAUAAAUUUAUUGAUUCAAUGGGUAAAAUACCACCUGGAUUAUUUGACGGAGUGAUAACAAGUUUUGGUGAUUAUGACGAGUGCUUAAGUAUUCGUAGCGAACAUAGUAUUACAAGUGAUACCAUUUAUGGAAAAUAUUGUCUCAUAAGGCCUGUCAUACCAUUAAAUAAUACAAACGUUUUGCUGAAUUUCAAGGGUUUGGAUAUAUUAAAUAAUGAGACAAAUGCCCUGGUUAAAAACAAAAUUAAGCAGGAUAUUAACAAAAUAAAAAUGGUCGUGGGCACCAAUUUAGUGACCGAUAAGGUAUACGGCUUUCAUUACGGCGUUUGCAUACCAUCUCAAUGUCAGGCACGGGAUGUGGAAAAAGUAUUAAACACAGGUGCAUACCCGCAAUAUCAUGACUACUUACCCACGCGAUUCAAUUGGCCUAUUAUGCGGGAUUAUUAUAUCCUAUGACUAUUUUGGUCCAAAAGUGCGCAAGCAAACAUUUCAAUCGUAUAUUAAAUUUGUUGUGGAA